AUGGCGUCGACAAGUACCUUCGAGCCCACAGCAGAUCAAGUGUCGACCAUCACCACCCUGCUCGCCGACGUCAGGAGCGGCGCGAGUCAGCUCAGGCAGUCCGUCCAAGGCUGGCAGCAGAGGUGAGCAGUCUGACGUGACCAACUGUCCCAUCAAGCAUUGUCAAUUCAAAGCCCACACAUCUCACGCAUCUCGCAGGCUCGACGCGACCUCGGAUCUGGACGAUGCGAAAGGCAUCUCGCUGCUGUCGCUCAAGAAUCAUCUCCUCCUCUCCUACCUCCACCACCUCGUUGCUCUCCUUCAACUCAAGCUGGCAUGCCCUACGACCUCCCUCACCUCACCCGAGGGCUCCUCUCUGGUCGCAACGUUGAUCAAGCACCGCAUCGUACUCGAAAAGAUCUCGCCGCUCGAAGGCAAGCUCAAGUACCAGAUCGAGAAGCUCGUGCGCAGGGCCGAUCAGGCCGCUCAGGGCGUCGAUGAUGAGGAGAUGAUGAAUGGUGAGUCAGCGCUGCCGUUCAAAAGGGGUGAUAGGCGUAGCUGAUUCUGAAUUUCGCUCUCUGCCCCUCUUCUCAGACCCUCUCGCGUUCAAGCCCAACAUCAGCAACCUCGUCCUAGACCGAACCGUGUCCGAAGACGAAGACGAUCAGGAAGAGAGAGCAUACGGCGGUGCGACGAUCAACGAUGACUCUGGUUCAAGACCAGGUGGUAUCUAUAGGCCUCCUCGAGUCGCCGCCGUGCCCUACAUCGAAGCACCUGCCAAAGGUGCGCACCUUCUCCCGGAAUUCCCUCUCGAUUGCAAAGACCCUUCACUGAUCAGAUCUUGUCCGGAACACAUUGCAGGCAAGAAAGCGGCCAAAAGAGCAACCGCAUCCCAUCUCGUCACCGACAUGUCGACCGGACUCUCGGCUUCGACCCCCUACGGCGAAUCGACGACAGGUCUUUCCGCCUCCGCGGACCCGACAUUGACCUCGGGAACAGCUCGUCACCUCAAGCAAGUCGAGCAAUACGAAAUGGACCACUUCACCCGUAUGCGCAUGUCCAAAAAGGACGCCAAGAAGCGUCGUGCCGAAGAAGAGGAAGUCGCGUUUGGUGGAUUGGGUGCUGGACGAGGUGGCAAGCGUCGUUUAGGUGGUUAUGGUGCCGAGUUCGAUGAUUUGUUGGGUGAGAUUAGUAAGGGAAGGAACCAAGGGGCUUAUGAUGCGAUGAAGAAGAUGAGGAGGGAUGACCAAAGGGGGUCAGCAGGCGCCGCUGGGGAACAAGGGGAGGGGAGGGGGUCGAACGGACUGGCUGGGUUUGACGAUGGGUCGAGGAAGAAGGGCUCGACCAAAAAGAAUCAGUUCGAUAGGGCUGUGGGCAGGGCUCAAGCGGGGAUCGCUAGAGCCAAGAGGGGUUGA